AGUCGCUCGUGUGAGUUCAGAGAAUGAAUUUCAAACGCGAAAUCUUGCUGAGUCUCUUUCUGGGGAUUUUAGCGGAGUUUGUUGUGCAAGCUCUCGAAGAUGAAGCUAUUGUGAAUCUCCCCAAUGGACCAAUACGAGGGGAAAAGUUCCCUAAAUUUUUCGCGUUCAAGGGAAUCCAAUAUGCGGAGUCCCCGGUGGGUGAAAAACGUUUUGAACCUGUGGGACUUUUCCGUGAAAAGUGGACAGAAGUGAAAAAUGCCACGGAAUUCGGAGCAGCGUGCAUACAACUAACUCAUUGUGGUUAUCCAGAGGAAAUGGUGUUACGGGGGGAAGAAGAUUGUCUCUUUCUCAAUGUCUACACAUCGAGUUUGGACAUUGAGAAAAAUCUCCCAGUAUUUAUUUAUAUUCAUGGUGGAGCUUUUAUGUUUGGUGAAACGUACUUCACUCCUGAUCCUUUUCUGGAAUAUCAAGAGGCCGUUUUUGUCUUUCUGCAAUAUCGUCUUGGGCCCAUGGGAUUUCUCAGUACGGAAGAUGAAGUUGUUCCUGGAAAUAUGGGACUAAAAGAUCAAGUAGUAGCUCUAAAAUGGGUUAAGGAAAAUAUACGUCUUUUUGGUGGGAAUCCCGAUUCUGUUACUAUCACAGGAUUAUCUGCUGGAGGUGCAAGUACUCAUCUUCAUUACUUCUCACCCCUUUCUAAUGGACUAUUUCACCGAGGUGUGUCUCACAGUGGAUGUGCCCUUAAUCCUUGGGUUCUGGUGGAAAAUGCCAAGAAGAAAGCUAUGGUAGUUGCUAAUUCAUUGGAAUGUCCAACGAAAAGUAUGAAGGAAAUGAUAGAGUGUCUGAAAAGUAAACCUGCUGAAGAGGUUGUGAGAAGUGCUACUCUCUUCCUUCCAUGGCUCUACAAUCCAUUCUCGCCAUUUGGCGUAGUUGUGGAAAAGAAAGGAUCAAACCCAUUCCUUCCAGGUCACCCGGAGGAUCUCCUAAAGAGUGGAAAAGUGUCUAAAUUACCUUGGAUUGUUUCUCUAACUGACUCUGAAGGCCUCUAUCCAGUUGCUGAUUUAGCGAAUCCUCCGUCGCGACUUGAUGAGCUCAAUGAAAGGUGGAACGAUUUGGCUGCAUCUGUUUUAGAUUUUUCUGGCACCGUUUCAGCCAAAGAUCAGCAAAGUAUAGCAAAGUUUGUGAGAAAUUUCUACUUCGGUGAAGAAGCAAUCUCUGAGAAAACUCUGGACAAACUCGUAGACAUGGUCAGCGAUAGACUCUUUGAUGCUGGUAUCAGCCUAGCUGCCCGACUACACGCUCAAUUUCCUAAAAAUCCGGUCUAUUUAAUUUAUUUUACGUUUCCUGCUGUAUUGGGGAUUCAGCACACAUAUGCUCCAGGCUACACAUUCAAAGGUGCCGGGCAUGGCGACGACAUUGUAAUGAUAUACAAAUGGAAAGGAAGGGAUAUCCCACUGACAGAAAGGGAAAAGGCAAUGGUUAAGCUCUAUUCUGAAUUUUUUAUCUCAUACGCCACUCAGAAAAAGCCUCAAAUGGCAGGUGUGAGUCUAAUACCCAUCACUACGUUCGAAAGGAUGCCCUACUUGCACAUAAAAUCACCAGAUGAUAUCAGAAUUAAAAAUACUGAAGGAUUUGGAAAUGAGAGGUUUUGGUACACUCUCCCAAUUUCAGAAUAUAACAGAAGUACUCCCAAAAAGCAAGGGAUUCUACCGGGAGAGCAACUCAAUCUAAAAAUCUAUAUUCGGAAAUUCAAUUCAUAUCAAAUAAUGAUUGAGCAGGAUCCGUAA